AAAAAUGAUAAGGAAAGAAUUUAGACUUUUAUUAUUAUCAACAAAAAAGUUUAUUGAGCAACUUCCUAUAUAAAAAUAAUAAAAGGCAUCUAUGAAUUUAAUGAAAAUAAUAUAAGAACCUAAGUCUGAGGAAUAGAUAAUGAAAGAAAUAAAUUACUAAAUAAAUUUUCUGAAAUUAACAAAUCCAAACAUUUCUUUUAAACAUUUAACUGAAGAGGAAGCUGAAACAGAAAGCAUGAUAUAAUAAUUGAACGAAGAAUAAGAAUAGUAUUAGUAAAAGGAGGAUUUUAAUUUGAAAAAGGGGACAUAUAUUUAUUAAAAUGGAAAUUUGAUAUAAGGAUAAUCAGAAAAGAGAAAAGAAGUAGAUUAUUCUAAUUGGUAUGCAGCUAAUGUUGAUCCAGAUGAUUUAAAAAGGUAUUUGAGUAGAUUAAUUUAGACAUAAAGAAUUGUUAGAUAGAUAACAUUUUAGUGGUCCAUUUUGGGAAGGAAAACCAAUGCCAAAAUCUAUAUUAGAUGAAGAGAAUCCGAAUACAUUGAUGUAUAGUGAUGAACGUCCAGAAAAAGAGUUAAAUCCAAAUAUGAAAUAAGAGAAACAUGGAAAAUUUGAAAAAGUUAAAAGAUGAUUAAUUU